AACUCCAAACUCGCAUUUAUCCAUUAUUCCGUUCCCUGCGCGUUAAUAUUAAUUAGCAAUUAAGUAAUUCGGUAUAUUGGGCGAUGGCAGCCAGCGGGCCCGGCCCGCCGGGUGACGGGGUGGUGCGGAGCAGCGCGCUGAGCUUCCUUGCGCAGGCGCAGGGUCUGGGCACGGGCGAAUCCAACAGCCAGGAGGCUGAACAGGCGGCUACACAAGCUGAUAGACUGGUCCCAGCCGGACUUAAAGCGCUGUGUGAUUCAUGCUCGGAGCUGUACCCAGAUCAGCCUAAUCCCCUUCAGGUCACCACACGCCUGAAGUACUGGCUGGGCGGUGAGGACCCAUUAGACUACAUCAGCAUGUACUGGCACCCUGGAAUACCUGAGGAGCAGGUGCCUCCUCACUGGCACUACAUCAGCUUUGGCCUCUCAGACCUGCACGGAGACGGGCGUGUCCACCCGGUCCCCGGGACAGACCGCUCGCAGCCGUCCGGGUACGGCCUGGAGCUGACCUUCCGUCUGGCCUUGCCGGCCGCUGGGGCUCCGCCCUUGUGGCCUGCGGCGCUGCUGCAGGCGCUGGCUAGAUACAUCUUCAGCACAGGUAACAAGUUCGUGUCAGGCGACCACGUGUCGUGGCACGCGCCGCUGGACGCGAGCGCGUCGCGCGUGCGCCAUCUACUGGUGGCCGACGACGCGCGCCUGCGGCCCACCGACACGCCUUACGGACGAGUCAACUUUUUACAGUUGGUAGGCUGCACGGGCCGCGAGCUCCGCGCGGCGCAGCGCAGCUCCGGCUUUGAGGUGCUCAAACUGCUGCAAGAAGAUCCCAGUUGCGGCGGCAGCUGGCUAGUGACCCACGUGUCGCGACGCACGUCCGCGAGGAGAGUGCGAGUCGCGCGACAGAUCCGAAGCCCUGCGCACCUGGCGGGAGUCUCCGCUAGAGUCACCGCUCUACCCUGGACACCGAGCAAGGAGGAAGAGUCUGGGUCCAUGUCGCCGCGCGCUGAACAACAGAUCAAAGACACCCUCAAGCGGGGCCUCAGCUCCAUGUCAGACCGACCCACCGAAGUAUCUGGACACAUGUCAACGGAUAGCUUCGAGAUGUCGAGCAUAGAGAAAGCGCUGCCGGAGAUACCCGAACUCAUGCAGGGUUCGUGGCGCGGCGAGGAUCGUGUGGAGUACCUGGAAGGAGUGCACCUCAUCAUGGACCCCGAAGCCGCCAGCUUGUUACCUCUCGCCAUAGACGGACGCGUGCUGCACGGGCGGCACUUCACGUGGCGCUCGGGCGCGCGCGCGGCCACCGUGCUGUCGGCGCGCGUGGCGGGCGCCGCCGUCACGCCCCAGCGCCCCUACGGCUGCAAGGGGGACUGGCUGCAGAUCCUACUCUCGCCCGAGCUCGCCAAACUCGUGUCGGCCUCCGUCGCCCCCCUCUCCCGACUGACUGAUGAUUCCGAGUCAGACGAGGACGACACGCCACCGGCACCAUCGUUGCCUCUCACUCUCGCGUGGCCCGAACACGGACUAAAGAUAUCCGUGUUGUACGAUCAGCAGUUAUUAUAGCGGCUACGACUACUUAUUACCACAGAAUAAAUAAUAGAUAGUAUAGAGGGGUCCUGUCAUUGUGAAUUUUGUAGUCACAGUAAAUUUACUGCCAUCUAUCGACACACGACUAAAACUCAAAAUGAAAACGUAUAAAAUUAUCAAAAAAUUUAUAUAUGUAUAUGGAUAAAUGAUAUUAUUAUUUUUAUAUCAUUUUGAUCCAUGUCAUUUACUCAUAUAUAUGUUAAAAUUGUUAAAUAUGAAACGGUGUCGUCACGCCAUCUAGCCUAGCAUAGGCUAAAGGUGUGUGCGGCAUCUAUCCGAGAAUGACUUUUUCUUGAUUUCCGAGGCACGUUUUUUCCUUAGACUUUAUUCAUCUUAUACGAAGUUACAUAUGUCUUUGAUAAAUAGGUACAGAAGAUUCACUCUAGCAAAACACGUCUGUUACGAUCAGGACAGAUACGGCCGCUAGGUGGCGACAGCGCCACGCGCGGCUUAUGGCUAGCCACCAAAAUUGGUGUGGGACGGAUGUACUUGUUGCGACGCGACUAAAUCGCGGAGUGAGCCACGCCUGGUUAUCUGUUAAAAGGUUAAAUUUCGAAAUUUUAAACCAUUGCAUUCAUUAACCUUGUUGGCUCAAGAUUUAAAGUAGGCAGGCACGAAAAAAUUUGUGUUUUUUGUCUAUGUCGCACUCAAGUGCCGAAGUCAAGUGCGACAGAGACAAAACACUAAAGCGGCGGGGACAAAAUCGAACUUUUUAUUUUGUUUAUGUUACAUAUUGUAAGACUUUCUCAUUGUAAAAAUCUCUAUUACAUACACAACUUUAAUGUACUUAGCUAUAAUAAAAUGUAUAUGUACUGUACUUUAGCCUCCUAAGGCCCAAGGUCCUACCUAUAGUACUUAUUCAGUUCGAUGAAAUUUAAAUCAUAUUCAAUUGCAACAGAGUCGCUUUUGCAUUGUUUUGUUCAAUUUUCAAACAAAGCAAAAUCAACUCUAUUACUUGCACUAUAAGUUCAAAUUUCGGUAGCAAAUUUUAGAUUUUUCAUUUGUAUGGCUGGGCCUUAGGAGGUUAGGUA